AUGUUUAAAAAACUCUUCGGAUCAAGUGGUGGAGAUAAAAAGAAGGAAGCGCCACCUUAAGUCGACCCAACUUAGACUAUGGAUAGACUGUCUGAGCAGAUUGAAAACGUGCAGAAGCGAUCUAAAAAGAUUGAAAUGGAUAUGAAGAGACUUUUGUAAGAGGCACUCGAAAAGAAGAAGGCUAAGGAUACUAGAGGUGCUGUAUUCGCACUUAAGAGAAAGAAGAUGCUUGAGAAGGAGGUUGCUAAACUAGAUGGAUAGAUGGUACUACUAGAAUAAUAGAGACUAAUGAUUGAAACAAGCAUUUAAGAUGCUCAAGUAUUUUAAUCAUUGAGUGCUGGGUCAAAAACAGUAGACUAGCUAAAUAAGUAGUUGAACAUUGAUGAUUUAGAAGAAGUCAAGGAAAGAAUAGAAGAGCAAAAGGCAGAUAUGGACGAGAAGACUGAUUUCUUCGUCAGAGCAGGAUAAAUGGAAGAUGAAGAUGACCUUCUUGAUGAGCUUAAUGAGUUAGAAGCAGAGUUGGCAGAGGAUGAAUUAGCUUAGUUAGAGAUAGGUAGCGACCCAUUAGAUAUGGGAGCUGGUCCUGUGAAGUAACCAGCAGCUAGAGUGCAAAAUAAGGUCCAAAAUGAAGAUGAUGAACUCAGAGCGCUAGAAGCAAUGAUGUCUUGA